AUGGAUGAAGAUGAGGGGCAGAAGCGUAUGCAAGAGCUCCAAAUGUUUAGCUUUGCGAUUGGCUAUCUACCUAUACUUACACCAAAUAUAACCAUCAAGGCCGAUCUGGGCACUGCACGGCGUGAAUACAUCUCAACCAUUGAUGCCCCCAACAAGUUCCGCCAUGUUGGACUGGACCAAAUUGAAGCAAUUUCGGCAAUUAAUGUGAAAGGUUCUGAAGUUCACCGGAUGACCAAGGAGAAAAAAGAUCUGCUGAAUGCCUGGAACAAUGCCCACCAAAUAAUCGGCGGAGAUGUGGAGUUAGAAGACUUGGGUGACAUGAUGUCCGGACAGAGCCAUCGUGUCCAACUCUGCGACACGAUUAUAGCAAAAGGCGACCAGAAAUAUAUUCAAACUCCCAAUUACCUUCCAAAGGACGAUGUAAAGAGUAAACAAUCCGCUAGAGUUUCCAAAGAAGGCGGUCGAGGAGUUGUCACCGGAACCCGUGGCCGCAGCAAAUUUCCAAAGCCACCACUUGCCACCCACCCUGCAUUUUUACCACUUAAAUUUGGUGCUGUCGGUAGUAAUGUCGCCGAAAGUUCCCUAAACCGGCGCCGAUACUUAGACCCUACGCUACGCCAUGACGGAGAUGAAAACACUCCCGUAAAGAAGGACAACUUUGAGAACGUCGCUGCUAAUCCACCAUUCACCAAGGUUGAUAGAAAUUCUCAUGCACGGAACCGUGCUACGGCUGUCAGAAAUAGACGAGUGGUUGAUCCAGAGUAA